AUGUCCAGGCGCAAGCAGGCGAAGCCCCAGCACAUCAACUCGGAGGAGGAGCAGGGCGAGCGGCCGGCCGCCGAGCUCGCAGACGCGGCCCCAGCGGCGCCGGCGGCGGGGGAGCCGGGUGCUGCAAUGAACCAGCCAGGGACUGGCGAUGACGUGCCCGGGGACAGAGUGCCUGGAAAGCGGCCGCGCCGGGAGGAGACGCACAUCUGUGAGAAGUGCUGUGCCGAGUUCUUCAGCCUCUCCGAGUUCUUGGAGCAUAAGAAAAAUUGCACUAAAAAUCCACCUGUCCUCAUCAUGAGCGACAGCGAGGGGCCAGUGCCUUCAGAAGACUUCCCCGGAGCGGUCCUCAGUCCCGGCAGCAGGGACAGUCACAGGGAGAACGGCGGCAGCUCGGGGGACACCAAGGAGAAGCUGGGCGCGGAGUCUGUUGUCCAGUUAAAGGCGGAGACCACCCUGCCCCAGCCACCGCAGGACAUAAGCUAUUUACCCAAAGGCAAAGUGGCCAGCACUAACGUGACUCUGCAGGCGCUCCGCGGCACCAAGGUGGCGGUGAACCAGCGGAGUGCGGAUGCGCCGCCGGCCCCGGUGCCUGGCGCCAACAGCAUCCCGUGGGUGCUGGAGCAGAUCCUGUGCCUGCAGCAGCAGCAGCUCCAGCAGAUCCAGCUCACCGAGCAGAUCCGCAUCCAGGUGAACAUGUGGGCCUCGCAUGCCCUGCACUCGGGCGUGGCCGGGGCCGACACCCUGAAGACCUUAGGCGGCCACGUGUCCCAGCAGGUGUCGGCGGCCGUGGCUUUGCUCAGCCAGAAAGCCGGCAGCCAGGGUCUGUCUCUGGAGGCCUUGAAGCAAGGCAAGCUACCUCACGCCAGCAUCCCGUCGGCCGCCGGCUCCCUGUCCUCGGGGCUCACGCCCUUCGCCCUGAAGCCGGACGGGGCCCGGGUGCUGCCCAGUGUCAUGUCUCGCCUCCCGAGUGCUUUGCUACCUCAGACCCCGGGCCCUGCGCUCUUCCAGGGCCCCUUCUCCACCGUGGCGCUAGACCCGUCCAAGAAGGGCAAGGGCAAGCCCCCCAGCGUGUCCGCGGUGGAUGUCAAAACCAAAGAUGAGACCGGCCUCUACAAGCACAAGUGUCGGAGCAGUCUCCCAUCAACGUUCAUCCGAACCCAGCCCACCUAUGUCAAGGUUGAAGUUCCUGGCCCAUUUGUGGGUCCCUCAACCCUGUCCCCGGGCACGACACCUUUGCUGGUGGCCCAGCCGCGCCGCCAGGCCAAGCAGCACGGCUGCACGCGGUGUGGGAAGAACUUCUCGUCCGCCAGCGCUCUGCAGAUCCACGAGCGGACUCACACCGGCGAGAAGCCUUUUGUGUGCAACAUCUGCGGCCGUGCGUUCACCACCAAGGGCAACCUGAAGGUGCACUACAUGACGCACGGGGCGAACAAUAACUCGGCGCGCCGUGGGAGGAAGCUGGCCAUCGAGAACACCAUGGCGCUGCUAGGUACUGACGGGAAGAGAGUCUCAGAAAUGUUUCCCAAGGAAAUCCUGGCCCCGUCGGUGAACGUGGACCCUGUCAUGUGGACCCAGUACACCAGCAUGCUCAACGGCGGCAUGGCUGUGAAGACCAACGAGAUCUCCGUGAUCCAGAGCGGCGGCAUCCCCACCCUGCCCGUCUCCCUGGGGGCCAGCUCCGUCGUGAACAACGCCACCGUCUCCAAGCUCGAUGGCUCCCAGGCGGGUAUCAGUGCCGACGUGGAGAAGCCCGGGGCCGCCGACGGCGUAGCCAAACACCAGUUCCCUCAUUUCCUGGAAGAGAAGAAGAUCGCAGUCAGCUAA